AUGGCAAGGGCAUUCGACAUCAAUCGCUACAAACACAGCGUCAAGCUUCUCCAUCUCAUCAACGAAUUCCGAAAGAACGGCCGACUCUGUGACGUCAUUCUCAAGGUCAGCACGAUGGAAAUCUCUACACACCGCGUCGUCCUCGCCACCAGCAUUCCCUAUUUCCGCGCCAUGUUUACCACUAACAUGGCAGAAGCCACGCAAGACGUCGUCACGAUGAAAGACAUCGACCCCGACGUCCUAGGCCGAAUCGUGGAGUUUAUAUAUACGGGACAUCUGGACGUCACAGUCGACAACGUCCAAGACGUUCUCGCCGCAGCCUCACUCAUACAACUAGAAUCAGCACAAGAAAUAUGUUGCGAAUUUUUAAAAGAACAUUUAGAGCCGGCCAACUGCCUAGGCAUAAGAAAUUUCGCGGAGGCGAAUGGCUGCACGCAAUUGACUGAAGCGGUUGACACUAGCGGAUCCAGACGGGGGCACUGGGGGCACGUGCCCCCCGUUUGA